AUGUCGGACUCUGGCGUUCUUGAUACUGAAAUCGAUGGCUGGGAGACACUGGAGCCUGCGCGGAAGAGACAAAGAACGAGCGAGCUUGAGGACAGGAAGGAACCUGUCAUAGCCUCUACGGAGGAGCUUGUUCGAGAUGAGAAGUACUACAGAACCGAUGGUGAUUGUGUUAUCCGUGUGGAGAACACGCUGUUCAAGGCAACAAGGGAUUCAUCUGCCUUCCAGCAUAUGUUUACAUUCCCUGCGGGUGAUAAACAGCUAGCGGAGGGGUCGAAUGAUGACUAUCCAGUCCGGCUCGUCGGGGAUACCGUCGAUCAAUUUCGUGCUCUGCUGUCCAUCAUGUACGCGCUUCCACCCGAACUACAGUCAUAUAAUAGCCCGACUGCUGAUAUCGACAACCUCAUAACGGUCGCAGAGAUAACCAACAAAUACCACUUUGCUUCAGUGGAGACAUGGGCGGUCGAUGCCCUUCACGACGUGCUCUCCGGUACUUACGGUCUUCCUCAGACCGAUCUGGCUAUCUGCGAUUCCGCACUCAUGGCCCGCCUUCUCGAGACCGCCAUUCUAUGUAAUCAUACGCGGCUGCGGUCUCUGAUAGUCUCCAAGUGGACUAAUCGGAUCCUGCUGCGAGACCUGAGCCCCACUCUCGCGAUCGUCCUGGCUGAUCGACACAUGCUGCGGUCCCUCCAAGGAAUAGCUUACUAUGUCCAGCUCAUGGAGAUGGGCUCUGACUUAUCGAAACUAAAGGCCGACAAGGCCUUGAGCAGGGACCAGCGUGCUCGGCUGUUAUCUGGGCACUGGUCUCUGGUGAAGCUGUGGGAUCGUCUCAGGGUCACCGCCCCCGCCUUUGAGCGCUCUGACGGGUGCACCUUCCACAAUCACGGUUGCCUCAAGGUGUGGGAAGACCAAUGGCUGGAAGCCGGUAAGAAUGAGAAGACCCUAUCGUACGGCUCUGCCGACGUCCUCGGGAGGCUGCGGUGCAUAAAGGAACACCUGAUGAUGAAUGGAGAGAUCGUUCUGAGGCUGACGCCGCAGUGCCGCAAGGCAGCGGUGGAGUCGCUAUGGCGGACGAUUAAGGAAGUAGAGGACGGUUUGGCAGAUCAUUUUAAUGACCUUACACAGUGUUCUGAAUGA